CAUCGACGCGGCGCGCUUGUACGCCAUCGGCGAGGCAGGUCUGCACGCUAUUGCAGCCGUGCCUCGGUCAGCGACCAGUGCGCAACCGCUCGGAAGCAACCAGAGACAUGGCAGCAACCACUGCCAGCGAGGCGGUGCGCGUCACGCUCUGCAAGUCGCGCCGCCCUUUGUUAAGGCUCGACGUGGCGCCCUUCGCACUCAUCUAUGCUCUAUUACACGCAUACGCCUGGAUUUCGUUAAUGAACGGCACGAUAUCGUACGAGACGCUCGCGUGCAUCCCCGUCGCGCUCGCCGCGCACCUACUCCUCUUCCUGAGCACGCGCUGGUCCGUUAGAAUCAGAUGCUGGGUCGCCUUUAGGACAUGCGAUCAUAAGGAUGCGACGCACGCGCUGGCUUUGUCGUCGACGGCCGCGCUCUGCGAAUUAAAAGAGGAGGCACCUAGAGGCCGCUUCUUCUCAUUUCAACGUAGAAUAUACGUCCAAGACGGUCCUACCUGGCGACCACAUGCACCAAAGACCCAGAGACCGCUCGCCGAGCUAGCACAGUGUACAGGAUUGGAAACCAACGAGCAAGAAACGACACAAAGGAGGAGCUGGGGCCCCAACGCCUUCAACAUCGAGGACCCGACCUUUUCCGAAUUAUUCGAGGAGCACUACCUGGCGCCGUUCUUCGUGUUCCAGGUCUUUUGCUGCGUUUUGUGGAGUUUAGACGAGUACUGGGUCUAUUCGGCGUUCACGCUCGUUAUGUUGUUAUUAUUUGAAGCUACUCUAUGCAUACAACGACUAAGAAACCUGGAACAGUUGCGAAGCAUGCGGCGGCCCGCGCGGUUACUGUAUGCCUACAGACAAAAAAAGUGGCGGCCCGUCAUGUCCGACGACCUGCUACCGGGCGACGUCAUCGCCCUCUCUUCUACUCAAAGACGGAAGGACCCGAUACCCGUGCCCUGCGACUGCUUGUUGCUAGGAGGCUCGGCCGUGGUCUCAGAGGCGAUGCUUACUGGUGAGAGCGUGCCCCAGCGCAAGGAAGGGUUAAUCGAUGCUGAUUUAACUACAACGCUAGACGUCGACGGUGGUCAUCGGAAGCACGUCCUGUUCGGGGGCACGGAUUUGCUGGAUGCGAGUCGUGGAGACAGCACGAGGUCUACACCCCCGAACGGCGGCGUCGAAGCGUUGGUGCUAAGGACGGGCUUCGAGACCGCACAAGGUUCACUCAUGCGCACGAUCCUCUUCGCGACGGAGCAGGUCACUGGUAGCACGGAAACCGGAAAGUUUAUUGGCGUGUUACUUAUCUUCGCCGUCGUAGCCGCUCUCUACGUCCUCCAAGAGGGUCUGAAGGACCCGAGGAGAAACCGCUUCAAGCUCGGGCUCCACUGCAUCCUCAUCAUCACGUCCGUCGUGCCGCCCGAGCUGCCGAUGGAAUUAUCUCUCGCGGUAACAAAUUCCUUGCAGGCCUUAGGUCGCUCGGGCAUCUUCUGCACGGAGCCCUUCCGCAUCCAGUUCGCCGGCUCCGUCGACGUCUGUUGUUUUGACAAGACCGGAACACUUACCAGUGAUGAAUUGACGGCGCGCGGCGUCGCGUUUUCAUCUGAGUUCAUUGAUGAUAGAGCGAACCUACCAGCCGACACGUUGCUCGUGUUAGCGAGCUGCCACGCCGUUUCUAGAGGUUCAAAUGGGUUGCUCGGCGAUUCGCUCGAAAGGGCGCAGCUCCAAUUUGCGGGUGUGGACCGUCCUGACAAGGUCCGCGUCCUGAAGCGAUACGGCUUUUCGUCGGAGCUGCGCAGGAUGACCUGCGCCUGCGCGCAAGGCGCUUCUACGGUUGUUACUUGCAAGGGCGCGCCCGAAGCGCUGAGGCCGCUCCUCCGAGACGUGCCGGCCGAUUACGACGCGUUGUACGAGCAGCACGCGUCGAGGGGCAUGAGGGUGCUCGCUUUAGCUUCUCGGGCCGUAUCAAGUCAAAUGGAUUGGAAGAGUGUCGAGCGUUCGACGGCCGAAGCUGAUCUAAUCUUCCGGGGUUUCCUGUGUUUGACCUCGCCGCUCAAGCCCGGAACCAGAAACGUCAUCCAACACCUACAAGCGUCCGGCCACAAGUGCGUUAUUAUUACGGGCGACAACGUGCUGACGGCGGCGCACGUCGCGCGGUCGGUGGGCAUUCUGGGCGAUGACCAAACGUGGGUCUUGACGGCGAACGGCGAGUCGCCGGUCUGGCGGUCAGGUAAUAGCGUAAAGCCCUUCGCGGCCGCACCUUCACAAGGCUUGUGCUGUCGCGGCGACGCCCUCGCGUCGUUAUCUGAAUUACAGGUCGCGAUCGUCGCGUCGCGCUGUUCGGUAUUUGCUCGAUUCUCGCCGAAGCACAAGGAGAAGAUCGUGGACGCCCUUAAUAAGAGAGGCGUCACGACUUUGAUGUGUGGUGAUGGGACGAACGACGUGGGCGCGUUGAAACGAGCUCACGUCGGCGUGUCGAUCGCGAACGCGCCGGAGCUCGAGAAGCGACUACCUUCUACGUCGGAAGACGUCGCGACGAUGAGGAAAACUUUAGCUGAUGCGGAGCUAUCGCUCUCGGACCAGGACCCGUCCCUGGUUCGAUUGGGCGACGCCUCCAUAGCGUCACCAUUUACCUCCAAGAGAGCUACCAUAGAAUGUGUCUUAGCCAUCGUGUGUCAAGGCCGGUGCACGCUCGUGAGCAUGAUCCAGAUCUUCAAGAUUCUGGCCGUCUUAUGUCUCGUCUCGGCGUACAUGCUGUCGUCGUUGUAUUUGCACGGUGUGAAGCAAGGAACUGAGUGGAAAUCAAAUUUCGGGCACCCACGCCAUCGACGCGACGUUGUCCCCGUGGCCGCGUCGGGUCGAUGGCGUGGAGGCUCACUAAGGUUCACGCGAAUGACCUAACUCACUGGUUGAUUUCCACACAGGCAAGGUGAUGCCCAGAUGACCGUGUCCGGUAUCUUGACGGCGGCGCUGUUCUUCUUGACGUCGCGGGCGAAUCCCCUCGAGACGCUGUCGAAGAAACGGCCGCCUCGAGGCGUGUUUGAAAUAAAACCGAUCCUAUCGAUCGGUCUGCAGUUCGCGGCGCAUCUACAAGCGUUGUUCAAGUGCCUCGAGUUGUGUGCGCCCUUCGCUUCCAAUGAAGAGAGUGUCCCGGACGGCGCCUUCGCUCCCUCGGUCCUGAACACGGCGAUCUUCCUCCUGACGAGUUGCGUCCAGCUGAACACCUUCGCCUGCAAUUACGUGGGCCGGCCCUUCACGGAAUCACUACGGGAGCACAAGCCCAUGCUCUACGUGUUGUUGGCCGGGUAUGCGGUGGUCUUUUUACUAGCAGCGGGACUCGUGCCGCCUUUAUCGGAUUAUCUCCGGCUCGUCGCGCCGCCUUCGUCCGACUUUCGGGCGCGGUUCCUCGGGCUGUUGCUGGCGGACUCGGCGACGGUUGCGGGGCUGAGCUUCGUCGCUUGAUCGGUCGGCGCGGCGGCUUUGCGCGGCGCGGACGGGGGGUACUUAUCUUAAGCAUUUGUGUUGAUA